AUGUUUGAAUUUGAGUUUUUUUCUUUCCAGAGCUGGCAACCCCACAGCUUCCUGUCUGUGCCGCGUGGGGUUUUCGGACGGCAGCGCGUGCUCAGUAAAAAACGUGUCCGCUCGUUGGGGCGAGCACGCCAUAAGGAAAGAAACAUAGUAAAGCUUCAAAAUGUUAGUUUUAUUUGAAACCGCCGCAGGAUAUGCUAUUUUCAAGGUUCUCGAUGAAUCCAAGCUGCAGCAAGUCGACAGUCUUUAUAAGGAGUUUGAAACUCCUGAGAAAGCUAAUAAAGUAGUCAAACUGAAGCAUUUUGAGAAGUUCACUGACACAACUGAGGCUCUAGCAGCUGCAACCGCCCUGGUGGAGGGGAAAAUCGGGAAGAGUUUGAAGAAAGUUUUAAAGAAAGUCGUUGCCAAGGAAGCCCACGAGGAGCUUGCUGUCAGCGAUGCCAAACUUGGUGGAGUAAUUAAAGACAAGCUUGAGCUGAGCUGUGUCCACAGCUCCGCUGUGGCUGAACUGAUGAGAUGCAUCAGGAGCCAGAUGGAGAGCCUCAUCUCUGGACUUCCUCCUAAAGAGAUGAGUGCCAUGUCCCUCGGUUUGGCUCACAGUUUAUCCCGUUACAAGCUCAAGUUCAGCCCCGACAAAGUGGAUACCAUGAUUGUGCAGGCCAUUUCUCUACUGGACGACCUGGACAAGGAGCUGAAUAACUACAUCAUGCGCUGUAGGGAGUGGUACGGCUGGCACUUCCCCGAGCUCGGAAAGGUUGUCGUCGACAAUUUAGCUUAUUGCAAAACUGUCCUUAAAAUUGGCGACCGCACAAACGUGGCGACCACCGAUCUAUCGGAGAUCCUUCCAGAAGAGGUGGAGGCAGAGGUCAAGCUGGCCGCUGAAAUCUCCAUGGGAACAGAAGUGUCGGAGCAGGACAUCGCCAACAUUCGACAUCUCUGCGAUCAGGUGAUCGAGAUCUCGGAUUACCGCGCACAGCUCUACGAUUACCUGAAGAACCGGAUGACGGCCAUCGCUCCCAACUUGACGGUGAUGGUGGGCGAGCUGGUUGGCGCCCGGCUCAUCUCGCAUGCCGGUUCACUUCUGAAUCUGGCCAAGCAUCCGGCCUCCACGGUGCAGAUCCUGGGCGCAGAGAAAGCUCUUUUCAGAGCUCUGAAGACCCGCAAAGAUACGCCCAAAUAUGGUCUCAUUUACCACGCCUCCCUAGUGGGACAGACCACUGCCAAGAACAAGGGCAAAAUCUCCAGAAUGCUCGCUGCAAAAGCGUCGCUGGCUAUUCGCUACGACGCUCUGGGAGAAGACACGAACGCCGAAAUGGGAAUCGAGAACCGAGCCAAGCUGGAGGCCAGACUCCGGCAGCUGGAGGACAGGGGGAUCCGUAAAAUCAGCGGUUCUGGCAAAGCCAUGGCGAGGGCUGACAAAUACCAACACAAGAGCGAGGUGAAAAUUUACGAUCCAUCUGGAGACUCCACCAUCCCCUCCACCUCAAAGAAGAGGAAAUUCGAGGAGGUGGAGCAGCAGGAGGCUGCAGAGGAGCCCACCACAUCGGGGAUGAAGUCCAAGAAGCCAAAGAAAGAGCCCCAAGUUCAAGAAGAAACGCCUGAAACUUCAGCCGAACCGGAGACGCCCAAGAAAAAGAAGAAGAAAAAGGACAAGAAAGCAGUGGAGGAACCAGCUGAAGAGCUAAAGGAGGAGGAAGAGGAGGUGGCAGUAAUGGAGUCAACAGAGAAAAAGAAGAAGAAGAAGAAAAAGAAGGAGGAAGAUGACGAAUAAGGAGAUGGAGCCAGUGUAUAUAUUUAUUUUAGAUAUGUCUCUAAUUUUGUUUUGUUUUUUACCCAUAGAAGGUAUCAUCUGCAUUGUUCCAUUAUACUACAGAAUGUUUAAUUUUAGACACAACAAAAAGAAAGUUCCUGUUUGUCCGUUCUUUCUUUGACACCAUUUUAUAUUUUUGUCUCUUUGAAAAGGGAUUUUAAAUCUGUGUCUUAGAGGAAACAUUUCCAAUGUUGAAAAAAAAAAGGAUGGACGAACAAACGUCUUGCUGUAAAGUUAACCUUUCUUUCCAAUUAUUGAUUGAAGUUUAUUUUUGGAGCCAGACGAAGCUAAAUCUGGACUCAAGAUGGACGAUUGAAUAAAAAUUAUUACAAACUUGUA